CUGGUGGACCCUUUCGGAAAAAAAACCUCAUUGCCAAUUCACAAAUCUUACUCCAGCUGAUCUCAUAAUGGAGUACUGGGGCUUCAUCUGCAUGCUGAUGAUGGCUGUUUUUGGUGGUCUUAUGGGAUUGAAGUCCCUGCUGAAGAGCUUAAAUCGGUGGCACUUUGAAGCUAAGUUGGGUGAUAGGAGAUUCUCUCUGCCACCCGGUGAUCUGGGAUGGCCUUUUAUUGGCAGCAUGUGGGCUUUCCUCAGAGCUUUCAAGUCCAGCAAUCCUGAUUCUUUCAUCUCCAGUUUUGUCAACAGAUUUGGUCCUGUGGGACUUUACAAGACUAUGAUGUUUGGUAGCCCAAGCAUCAUUGUUACAACACCAGAAGCUUGCAAGAGAGUUUUAACAGAUGAUGAAGCAUUCAUGCCUGGAUGGCCUAGUUCAACCCUGACACUUAUGGGGAGAAAAUCUUUCAUUGGCAUAUCCGCCCAAGAGCACAAAAGAUUGCGCAAAUUAACAGCAGCACCAGUGAAUGGACAUGAGGCAUUGUCCAUUUACUUGAAGUACAUUGAAGACAAUGUUAUAGUGGCUUUGGAGAAAUGGGCAGGAAUGGGACAAAUUGAGUUUUUAACUCAACUUCGAAAACUUACAUUCAGGAUAAUUACACAUAUUUUCCUGGGUUCAGAGAGUGAGCAAGUAAUGGAAGCCUUAGAAAGGGAGUAUACUGUACUCAACCAUGGUGUUAGAGCAAUGUCUAUUAACGUUCCUGGAUUUGCUUACUAUAAUGCUCUCAAGGCACGGAAAAGGCUUGUGGCUAUAUUUCAAUCUGUUGUGACUGAGCGAAGGGCAAGGGGAGAGGAAAAUUCAACUGCUGAGAAAAGGGAUAUGAUGGACGCGCUGAUGGAUGCUGUAGAUGAUAAAGGUAGAAAAUUGGAUGAUGAAGAAAUUAUUGAUGUUCUAGUAAUGUAUCUAAAUGCAGGCCAUGAAUCAUCUGGCCAUGUUUCAAUGUGGGCUACUCUAUUUCUGCAGAAGAACCCUGAAGUCCUUCAGAAAGCAAAGGCUGAGCAAGAGGCAAUUGUUAAGAACAGGCCACCGGGCCAAGUAGGUUUGACUCUGAAAGAAAUUCGACAAAUGGACUAUCUUUCAAAGGUCAUUGAUGAAACACUACGUGUAGUUACCUUCUCAUUUGUGGUAUUCAGAGAAGCACAGAAAGACAUCAAUAUCUCUGGUUUUACAAUUCCAAAAGGGUGGAAAGCAUUAGUCUGGUUUAGGAACGUUCAUUUUGAUCCUGAAUUGUAUCCCGAGCCAAAGAAAUUUGAUCCUGACAGAUGGGAUGGUCUUACAGCUAAAGCAGGAAGUUUUCUUCCUUUCGGGGCUGGAGCCAGAACUUGUCCCGGAAAUGAUCUUGCAAAGCUCGAAAUUUCUAUUUUCCUUCACUAUUUUCUCCUUGACUAUGAGCUAGAAAGGCAGAAUCCUUCGUGCCCAUUAAUCUAUUUACCUCAUCAGAGGCCUAUAGAUAAUUGUUUGGGAAGAGUCAGAAGGGUCUCACCUUCAAGUGUGCGAAAAAAGGAGGACUGAACUCUCCUCUAUUUCAGUGAAAUCUUUGGCAUGCUUAAGUUCGUAAGACGUAUCUAGAUAGAUUGUGUGGCCUUUGUACCCAAUGUACUAGUUCUAUAUUCAGAAAAAAACAAUCUUAAUAAAAUUUUAGCCAUUGGCCUAGCAAUUCAUUAUUUGUUUUAGCCAGAGGACCAUGAAGAUAUCGAUUAUGUUGUAUGA